GAAAAAUAAUUUUUAAUGGUGGACCAGACAAAUUUUUCAAUCCUGUAAAAAUUCACAAAAAUCCACUUUAAAAACUUGAAAAAUAAUGUAUUCUGGAGGUGAUUCAAGUGGUGAAGGUGUAAAUAGCCAUAAUCAAUUCAAUUGGCAAAUGACUUCACAAACAUCGUGCAACGUUAAUUCAGGCUCAAUUGAUUGGGCAUCCCUCGCCCAGCAAUGGAUACAAAUGAAAGAUUCAGGUGCUGGUCUUCCUGAAACACCACCACCUCCCAUCAUAAGUAGUGCCAAUUCAAUUCAAUCAAUACAACAACCAACAACAGCCACAUUUGACGAACAAGGUGAAGCCGAUAUGGAAGUAGAAAAGGACGAUGAGGUGCAGGUUUUUGGAUUUGGCCAUAAUACACCACCUCCACCAUUGUCCUCGUCGACUGCCCGAUGGUUGCCUAUUGCCAAUCAACAACCAAAUUUAGAAACAUAUUGUCCUCCUCAACAAAACUGGCCUUGGCCGGCACGCGUAGCUCUGCCUCCUCCAAUUCUUCAUGUGCCUAUAACAACCGGAUCCUUGACACCGCCUAUUCCCAAAGACCUCAUCAACAGUACAACACCACCAUUACAAAAGCCAAAUAUUGAGCUAUCAACAAUGUUGCCAGGAAAGGGUGUUAUGGAACAGCUUCCGAUGGAUGCGGCUAAACGAAAGAUUCUACCAGCUUGGAUACGUGAAGGACUUGAAAAGAUGGAACGGGAGAAGUUAAAGCAACUCGAACGCGAUACAAAAGAAAAGGAUCCUCUAAGCGCAGGUACAACAGCUGUCGACGAGAGUGAUAUUAAUAAUUUUAAGACUAUGGUAAAAAGUAGCAUCAAGGAAAUGGAAGGUGAAAGUUCAGGUAAUGAAGAUGUCACUAAUAAUGCUGAACCAUUUGAUGACACCGACGCCGAUUCAGAACUUAUAAUUCCUGGAAAUUUAUCAACAAAUGAUCUAUCAGAAAAUAUCCUCAAUUCGGGUAAAACGUAUGAAGAAAGAAUUGCGGACAUGAUGAUUGGUGUGCGUAAGACUUUAACGGAACUUCUUCUAGAAGUGACAAACGAAGAAAUAGUUAUUUUAGCAAACGAAGCAAUUCGAAAAAGAAGAGAAAAAGCUUCAUCGGUCCAAGUUAUCCGCAAAAGCGCAAUACCUUCUAUUACCGGCAAAUUGGGUCUAGAAGCGUAUGCUGACAGCGAUAGUGAAAACAGCGGAUCUGACAACGAUACCAACGAUGAAAGCAAACGUUCUGACGACGAUCAUGACUCAGAGGAGGAGUUAAAGGCUAACAUUCGGAUAUGUCAGCGUGCCUUCUUAAAGACCAUUGAAGAAAUUGAGGACAGAAUUGAAGCGACUGAAAGGCGUGAUGAGCUUCUUUUGAGAGAGCAUCGAAAGAACGAAAACAAUCUAGAAGCCACUUCACCAGAACCCACAAUGAGUCCAGUGCAGCAAAAAAUAAAACGGUUUGAUAAGGAAAUCGGUGAGCCACUACAGCCUGAUAAAAAAUCAAGUUCAAACGGCAAACGUAGAAAAGAACGCACAUCUCGAUUUAGUGAUAAUAAGGAUUCUAGGAGCCGUAAUAUGUCAGCGAGUUUUUACCAACCACCGACUAUGGGAACAGGAAGUUUGCCUUCGCAAGUAAUGCCAUUAGCCAUACCGCUAAUUCCACCUGUGAACUUACCAGGAAGCGGUGAAUUUAAACCACGCAUAGGCAAUUCAGAACUAGCUACGAUUCCCGAAAACGAAAAACGCUCUGGCAGCGGCAGUACUCAUAAAUCAUCAAAGCAAACAAGCUCAUCUACAUCAGGGCACAGUCGGCGUCGCAGUGAUUCUUCCACAUCAUCUUCCGAUUCUUCGUCAAGCAGCACAAGCACUUCGCAUAGUCGGCGUUCCAAAUACAGUAAUUCGCGUCGAUCGAAACGUUCGUCGAGAGAACGAUCGAAGCGAUCUAGUCACAAAAGCUCCCAUCGGAGUGGCUCUCACAGGAGCAGCUCGCAUCGCAGCAGUCGCAGAAGGGAUUCGUCGGAUUCAAAUGGUGAUGAUCAUUACAGUAAAAGAUCUUCACAUCAUCGACAACAUAAAAGCCACUCCUCCUCAAAAUAUUCACGAAAAAAUGAUCGUCGUCGGUCUGAUUCCAGAUCUUCUCGUUCACGAACGAGGUCAAGAUCAAGGUCCAGAUCUACAACGUACAGCUCAAGUCGUCGAGGUGAUCGAUGCUAGGAGUUAAUUCAUUUUAUAUAAUUCUUUUUUCAGGAUCUUAUGCAUGCAUACAAUCUUGUGUUGUAGUCGAUUGUACAGAACUAAAAAAUGAGAAAUGAUGUUUCGCAAAGAAAAACAAAAAAAAAUAUAAAAAAAAAUUAUUCUUCCAAACGCCUGACCAUUUAUCCUCUUUCCCUUUUCCUUUUUUCAUUCCUUAUGUUAAAUCAUAUUACAUUUUCAGAAAACUUGAUAGCAAAAAAAUAACGGUAGAGUUCAAAUCUCUCUAGCCUUAAAAAAAAACCUUUAUUUACUUUCUUUUCUGACUAAGCUUUUUAGAAACCUUAAUUAAAUUUAAUCUAAAAUAUAUUUUCAAAGAAAAAAAAUGUGUGUAUUAAUUCUUAUUUCUUUAAGGGCAAUUAAUAAGUAACGAAUU